CUUGUCGAGUAAUAUUAUAUUGGUAGAGUAUCAGUGGGUACAGCAUUCAUCGUGGUCGAGUCGCGUAGUACGCCAGACGUACGAGAAAGAUCCGUUUUACUGUUUGCUCGCGUUCGAUUCGAUGACACACAUCAAUAAUAUUUGAACGCGAAAGAAAAAUGAAAAAGAGAAAGCUCGGAACUGGUGCGACGUUGUUAUUUUUUCGCGACUAUCUGUGAUAUAUUUCGGAGGUGGUAUUUUUUUUUAAUAAAAGCACCCCAUUUUCCGCCUCAAAAUGGUGUACAAAAUGGACUUGGACAAAUUAGAAAACCGACAUAAGAAACUGCCUUAUCCCAAAUCAGUAUUUUUCAUAGUCACUAACGAAUUCUGCGAGAGAUUCUGCUACUAUGGAAUGCGAACCAUUCUCGUCCUUUACCUCACCAACAUCUUGCUGUACUCGGACGCCGACGCCAAAAUCGUCUACCAUACCUUCACGAUGUUUGUCUACUUCUUCCCCGUUUUGGGGGCGAUUCUGUCCGACAGCUUGCUGGGCAAAUUUCGGACGAUCCUCUACGUGUCUUGCAUCUACGCGGCCGGCAGCAUCCUGGUCUCUUUAACAGCUGCAGAACCGCUGAACAUACCGCAACGGGAGUUCACCAUUUUGGGUUUGCUACUCAUCGCACUGGGAAGUGGUGGAAUCAAACCGUGCGUGUCCGCAUUUGGAGGAGAUCAGUUCAUUCUUCCGCAGCAAGAACAACAGCUCGGCAUGUUCUUCUCCCUAUUUUACAUGUCCAUCAACGCGGGCAGUUUGAUUUCCACAUUCCUGACGCCCAUUUUGAGGAACGACGUCCAUUGCUUCGACGCGGACAGCUGUUAUCCACUAGCAUUCGCCGUGCCGGGAAUACUGAUGGUGAUCUCUAUUAUAAUCUUUGCUCUGGGCAAGCCACUGUACACCAUAAAGAAACCCAAAGGCAACGUUAUGGUCGAGGUGUCCAAAUGCGUAGGACAUGCGAUCGCUUGCAAAUUCAGGAACAGGGGCGGCCCCGCGGUGGAUCAUUGGCUGGACCGUGCAGAGCCAAAAUACGGCCAACAACUGGUAGACGAUAUCAAACGCACUUUGAAGGUUUUAGUCCUUUAUUUGCCGCUGCCCAUUUUCUGGGCGCUGUACGAUCAGCAGGGUUCGGCGUGGACCAUCCAAGCCGUCCGGAUGGACGGUGACAUCGGAUUUUACACGAUACUCCCGGAUCAAAUGCAGGUGGUCAACCCUUUGCUAAUCAUAGGAUUUAUACCCCUCUUCACGUAUGCGGUCUACCCGGUGUUGGCGAAAUGUCGCCUGGUUCGUUCGCCGUUGCAGAAAAUGUGCGCGGGAGGGUUUCUCGCAGCUGUCGCGUUCGUCGUCUCAGCCUUGGUCGCCAUAGCCUUGGAGAAGGGUUACCCGACCUUGCCCGGCGCCGGUGAAGUGCAGCUGAGGAUUUACGACACGACGAGGUGCAGAUACAGCUUCUCGACAAACAUCGGUCUCAGCUCUUCCAUCGACAUGAACUACUACGUGAACAAAUCCAUACCCGUAAGUGGCGACGUCAAUGUAGAUUUCACCUUCGACCCUAUUUCCGUCACGGAGACUUGUCCACAACGGAAUCUGGUGGUGCCGAUGACCGAAAUGAACGCCUAUGGGCUGUACAUCAACUCGAAGGGGGUGGCAUCCUUCACCGAUAUGGUGGAGAAAAGCGACGACGGAUACCCUAAAAUCAGAACGUUGAUAGAUAACAACGCAACCGAGUUGGUUUACCGGCACACGAAGAAAGAUUACCAGUUAACCGUAGAAUCUGGAAAUACCUCGCUCAAAUCCCUGCCUUAUCCCGGCACUUAUAGAAUCGAAGGUUCCUUCGAAGAAAUUGAAGUUACCGCCAAGCUGGGAGGCACGUACACAGUUUUAAUUAAUCAGGAAGCCGAAGUAUACUCAGUCUACACGGUAACCGAGCCCAACAACGUAAACAUGCUACUGCUGCUACCCCAGUACAUCAUCAUAACUGCUGCGGAAAUCAUGUUUUCCAUUACCGGCUUGGAGUUCUCCUACUCCCAAGCGCCGUCCUCGAUGAAAUCGGUGCUGCAGGCGUUAUGGUUGCUCACAACUGCAUUCGGUAACCUCAUCAUCGUCGUCAUCGAGGCCAUUUUGCAUUUCGACAAACAGUCUACCGAUUUUUUCGUGUACGCCGGUCUGAUGGUAGUGGACGUCUUUAUCUUCAUGUGGCUGGCAAUCAGGUACCAGUACGUCGAACCAGUGACGAGCGUAAGUGAUCUCGAUGUCAGCGAGCAAGCGGAAGGGGAAAAAUCGAAAGAACUGACGAACGGUAUCGACAAUCCCACGUUCAAUAACAACACUGCAAACUAUUAGUAAUACGGUGUGAUAAUAGAUAAAAUAUUCAGCCAAAUCUAGUCAUGAUUCGAGCGUUUCGAAGAAAAACUAUCUUUUCAUCAACGAAAAUUCGAUUAUUUUUCUUUGUAACGCUCCCAAUCAUCAAUCAAUUAAAAGCUGUAGGUAUUAAGUUGGUAACAUUUAUUCGGUCGUCCUGGCUUCCUGAGAUUAUACCUAUCGGUUGGUAUUGAAAAUGAAUAGUGACGAUCUGCAGUUUUAUGAGAUCGAGAACGAUUCAACAAAAAUGGUUUUAAAGUAAGAAAUAUUUCGAUAAGGAUCCUGUACUGCAAAUGCACGAUUCAACUGAUAAAGUACUUAGCGAUUUACCGUAUUCUUAGAAGUUUAUUUUUUUAAAGCGGAACUAACCAAAACUGACCAAAUCAUUUCAAUGCAAAUCUAUUGUACGUAGACUUGCGCAAUAAAAUUUUUAAAUAAAU